GUUGGGGGGAUUGGGGUGGGGGUCAUGGGAGUUCAUAGAGAAGACCAAGAACAUAAAAUUGGUGCGAAUUUACAAAGUACAGUGAAUUCAAGUUUGCAAAUAUUUUUUAUUUUACUCUGGGAAACCAACAAGAGGCGUUUAAUUGUAGUUUUGUGCGAAAUGCCCCUUUAACCAGAACAUGCAUGGGAAACAAUGGAGAACAGGAGAGGGCUCACUCGCCGCGGCGGUCACGAGAGCACUUGGGGAGUGACGUCACUUUCCUAAACCGGGCAGCAGCCGCUGAGUGGAGUUGAGUCUCGAGCGAGAGGCAGGAGGCAGGACUCCGGGAACAGUUCAACUUUUAAUGAAUGCUGGACGAGUCCGAGUCCGGCCAGUGUGGAGAGGAGCACUGCUUCUAUUUUUUUCGUCCGUUUUUGCAUCCUCCUGCUCGGCUCAGCAGCACAACGACUCGCUGUUCCCUCACCGGUUCGGUAGCUAAUCAGGUUUUGGCCAAAAAAAAGCGGUUGUGUGUCUGGUGUUCUCGAGACUUCAACUCAUUACGGGGUAAGUUUGUCCACUUAUUUCACAUCAUGUGGGUAUAAACGGUGGCUAGACACAGCAAAGUGUCCAAAUGAGCAAAUGGUUUCUGGUAAUUCAGACUGCAUGUGAGUCGCUCGUCCAAAUUGAUAUUCAAAUAACUGGUGUGCAAUGAUAAACGUCGCGCGCAUUUCAUACUUUUUGUGCUAAACGGGUUGAACCCAAAGACUAUACCGACUAUGGUUGUACCCCUGUUUGUGCAUCAGUUUCACUAAAGCAGCAAUAUGCAAAUGUGCACAGGUAGGUACUUUAAAGACUGUGUGGAAGUUUGCUUAUGCAGUGAGACUAAAGAUUAAAAAUUACACAUCUGCUCUGAUUAUAAAUUUUUCCAUACAGGCCUAUAAGAUCUUCAUAUAGGCUGCAUUUACAGUACUUUAUAUGGUGUUUCGAUCAUUUGCCAUUGUAGGACCAGAAAUUCUACAUCAAUUUCAACAAAAGAACUGAUGAAUACAUUGAAUUUGUCACGGCACAUUUAGGUUAAUCUGGAUGGCUUUUCGCCAAAGGAGCUCAGACAUAGCUGUCCUUGAGGCACCCACAUACAAUACACCCCCUCUUGCACAUCACUUUCUGCCCACGCAGACUCUUGGAAAUCUGUAUUUUGCCUCAUACCUGCAGAACAUUUAUAAAAGCAAACAUUUUGCGAUAUCUCUCCUUCAAGACUUCAAUGCUAUUCAUACUUACAAAGAGGCUUUAACUGCUUACAUUUUGCUCUUGGUUGAAGUGUGGUACAAGUAGAAAAAAAAACAAAAAACUAAGAAUUAUUGAUGGAGUAUGCAGGUUGGAAAAAACAGAUCUGAAUGCUCCUCACAAGGAUGUUUUGAGAAGUUAUUUCAGGCAUGAAAUUUUCAGGGUUGUAAAGGCACAAAAAAACAUUUGCAAGACAUCCUUUAGGGUUAAAUGGAGAUUUCAAACAUCCUUAAGGGAAACAAAAGAAAGAAGGAUAGCAGCAACAGGUUUGAAUUUGAAUAACAAUGAAAGCACAUGUAUUCAUAAACUUAUGACACUCUGCCUCUGUAUCUUGUGUGUGUGUAGCAUUAUGAAGUUCUUUCCAUUUACAGUAGUUUAGUCUCCAGGAAAUGUAAAUCACAUUUGAAAAGAGAGCAAACAUAAGUAAGUCUAAACAUCUGUGUUUUUCCUCCACAGCCCUGAUUGAGUGAUUGAGUGAGUGACUGCAUGGACCGGACUGAACAUGAAGAGCCUUAAAGCCAAGUUCAGAAAAACUGAUGUAAGUACUGUAACAUGUGUUCACAGCUAUGUCAAGUGUGUGUAUAUGUGCACUUUUGUGUUUGCAUGGCUGAGUCAGUGUCUGUGUAUGCACAGUUAAGUCAUAGUAGAUGAUUUAUGGCAGUUCUUUUUAUCAUGGAGUCGUCAAAACUUCAUAACUUAGACGUUUUUCUAAGAUUAGAAAAAAAGAUUUCAAUUAUCAUGUUGGUAUUAAGAGUCCUUAGCCUCUUCCAUGCCUUUGUUGAUAGAAUACAGUAAUUGUGCUAUUUUACCAGACUUUGUGAUAUCAUGUCAGCUGUAAAUAAUGGAACCAUAAGAAGUUAAAGAACUAAAAACUGGGUCACUGGGUUUUAAACUGGGAUUUAUGCUUUAGCCCCAUUUUAUACAGACACGCUGAGUCAUUUUGAAGGUAACUGGUCCCUGUGAUGGGAAUUCUUUCAAGCAAUUACAAAGACCACAAAUACCUUCACAUACUCUCUCUGGAUUGCUCCAUAUGAGGAUUUAAUCCGUCUAACUAUGAUUCAGUCUUCAGUGAAAAUUUUCCUCCUGUUGAUUUAGUCAUUCACUCAGUCUAUGAUACUUCACACUCACAGGAAGUGAGGCGUCUCCACUUUGCCUGACUCAUCUGUUGUCACACUGACCGGAAUGACACAGAGCCAAAAGCCAGACAGGAAAAAUCUGGAGUUUUUUUAGGGGUGGGGAUGAACGGAGAAGGUUUUGAGGGAAUAGAGGAAGUUUCAGGAGAAAAGAAGUCGGCAAAUGAAGGGAUCAAUGUUAGACAUACUGUUCAUGUAGACAGUUUCCAUGUGGUUAGGUAUGCGUGGUGAGGCAGGAUGGUGAUCUCUGGUAAAAUGUCAGGGUUUGACCAGAAAGACAGUCCCACAGAGGGAGAGUUAGGUGGAGUUCAGCUCUGCUUUAACUCAAUUAUAUCCACAAUAUAUCAUGAGGUGUAAGUGAUGCCUGGGUUUGUAGAGAGCGAAAUUAAAUCAGUAGAGAUCCACUUGCAGAUCCUUUUAAAGCACAAAUGAAUAAACACUUUAAACAGUUAGUUAAGACUUGGGUCACUUACACGUAUUAGCAGAGAACAGGGGAUAAUUUAAGCGUCUGAUUUCAUCUUUAAUAGCCUAUAAUUUAACAUGUGUUGGAGCCUCAUAUUGGUAAAUUUUUGCUUGCUCAGUUAGCUUUGUGGGGGAGCACAAUAGCCUCCAUUGUUCCAAAAAAUCUGGAAUCCAGCUUUAAACUGCAAGAUCUCUAAGUUCCCCCCUUCGUACUGAAACUGGAUUGGGAGCGGUCUCACCUAAACUGUGGGUUUUCCAGUCAAACCUGCAUGUACCAGUGAAAGUUGUAAAUAGUUUGAGGCUGAUGCUUUUGGUGUGAGAUGCCUAUCCUCCUGGAAACAGCCAGCCGUAGGCGGCAUGAGGCAAGAAAGGGAAAAGUGUUGGAUGUGAAUGUUGCUUAGAAACACGAGUGAAGCCAUUUGCAGUCAUGCAUGCCUUUGCAGACCUCACACCCACGUACAUUGUCACUUUUGAUCGCUUGGAUGUUAAAUAGCAAGUCAGUUAGUCUCUUUAAUUUGAAUGAAUGUUUGUUUUAGUGUGACACCAUUGAGAAAAAAAGUGACUGAAUUAUGGUGUUAUGAAAGUUAAGACGACCAUUUCAAACUGGUGGCAGUUAUUUUGAUUGACGUGCAAAUUUUCAUGUUGUCAAAGCGCAAACCUGUUACAUAAUAAGACCGCACACGAACAGUGAGUCAUUAUUUUUUGUUAUUUGAAAAGUGAUCUAACUGCAAAAGCAGGUUCAUGUGAUUUUUGAGUGAAAUAUAAUGGACCCAAGGCCAGCCUGAUGUCAAAGUCAAUAUUACUGCCUUUGGGGAACUGAUAAGAUUUUAUGUAUAACAAUGCCAUUAUCAAUGCUGCUUAUUGAUCCAAAUCUUUAUUUAUGUCCUAAUCAAUUCUUGUCGAUAUUCUGAGUCGAGUAGGUGUAAACAGGUUUUCUGUGUCAACACAAAUUUCUUAACAAGUUACAAGUUUAAACUGCUCUGCUGUGAUAGAGAAACUAGUCUAGAUAAGCAGGAGAUAGCUUAUCGUAGAUACAUCCUCUGAUUGGUCGACGGACCAUGGCAGAGAUGGCAUCCUUCCAUUGGCAUAGUCAGCUAUCAGCAGAAAUCACUCUAAAUCACUAAGAUUAUUACAUAAAUCAUCACAGAUUACCUUCGUUCAUGAAGGAUUGGAUCUGAACCGUCUCUGAAAACACACUGAUCUUCUCUGUCGGAUAGAAAAGCCGCUUGAUUUUGCAGAAACACACACAGAGGUUAGAUUGCUGGAAAGCGACUGGCCUCAUGGAUAAAGUGGAUUUGUUGUUCAGUUUUAUUUUUAGUGGGGGUAUUAUAAGCAUUAUGUUGAAUAUCACAACGUUUUGUAGCAGAGUGUCCGUCUUCUAUCUGCCAUGUUUACUUACGUUGUUGUUAUUUGUGCUGACUGGCUCUUGUAAUGUGUUAAUUGUUUAGUGUAUGGAUAAGGGAGAUGCUUAGCAUAGAGUCAAAUAAUGUCACUGACUCAAACUAGCUGGAACUGGUUUUUAUUUGGAUCCUGUUUUCAAUUUCUAUCCAUACCUCUGUCUCUCUCACAUUGUGUACAUUGAGUUUCUUUAGUUUACACUAACUGGUAAAUAAUUCAGCUGCAUACAAAAAAACCUGCAUUAUGUUUAUACACCAAAAAAACCCACCUUGAUACAGUUUAAAAUAAAAAUAAAUUUGCUCAGAGGUCUUUAAAAACAGCAGAUACAAGUAACUCAUACUCUAGAGGAAUUCUGGGUAAAUAGUGCCAGCCCUUCACUACAUGAGGUGAUUGAAAUUAAUGACCACUAUUAAGAUAUGCAGCAAAAAUGUUCAGCAGACCAGCAUGUUUAUCCCCUCAGCCAAAAGUCAUUACAUUGCUUUUUAUAGAAAACCCUGAACAACCUUGAUAGGAAGAAAAUAUCUCCUUGCUUCUAUUUUUGGCGGUGCUUGUCGGUGACAGAUUACACAGGAAUGUUCCCCCUUUAACAGCCCUUCGUUUUUUAAAAUACAAUAACAGAAACCUAAUGCCUUCGUACAUGACUUUUCUAUGAAGUCAAGACAUUUCCUGAAAAUGAGGUCUGCUCUCUAGUGUCAGAUCUUUACUGAUUGUUUCACUUUUGGGAUUCUUGACCUGCCAAGUGAACCGAGCCAAACUUUCACUCCAACACCUCAACGAACGAGGGCUAAAUAAGGUAGAAAUGCGAAGAAUGAGACUGUAGGAGACAGUAAGGUCUGUUAUCACUGUAAUGUGAUACACACAGUUCAAGAGUUAAGUGUUGAACUUAAUAACAUGGCCUGACAACAACAUACUGGUUGCAUUUUUCGGGUAGAUAGAUGGUGUUUAGAUUUUGAUAUUAUUUUACGUUGCUAUGCUGUAGAAGCUUUGCAUAACCAAGGUGAGCCACAACACAAUGGAUGUUAUUGCAGUGGCGGAAACUUUAGUGACAAAUAGAUGAUAAACUUGGGCGCAUUUGCUUACAGGACCAGAUAAAUGUUUGAUGGAAAUACAAAGAAAAGGAGAGCAGACCAGAGUUUUCUCAACACUGUCAGUUUUGUCUUGCCCUUGCAAUAAAAAGCAAAGUUGUAGCUUAUGAAAAUCAAAAUGGCUGCGUUCUGUUAAAAUGUCACAGGAAGCCAUGGCAGUGACAUGCCUCAGGGACCCUGAAAGUGGCAAACCAAAAGAAGGUGCCGCCUUUACGAGUGACAUUUGGUACACCUGUUAUGUUUCUGUUUAUAUAUCACCAAACCUUUGAUGAACUGAACCACAUUUUCUUGCAGCGGUACAGCUACAAUUGAUAUCUUGAGGUUUGAUCCCUUUUUGUUAAAGUUUCAGUGUUUGCAGAGUCUUGUAGUCGUUCUGUUUGGUCACAGAUAUUUCAGGGUUUUUGUUGAGUUGAGUCUUUUUUUUCCUCAGAUUUCACCCCCUCUAUGAUAAAGACUAAAAAGGCCUUAUGUUUGCUUGUUUUAACUUCACAGUGAAUGUCUUUGUUAUAUGAAAAUAUGUUGAGCAGUAAAAAUACCACACAAGCAAGCUCACAACAGUACAGCUGGGCAGACUCAGCAGAAUGUGUCAGCAGGUUAAGUAGAUCAGCUUUCUGAAAUGUUGCACUGUGAAUGUACUGCAAGGGCAAGUAGUGUGAAAAUGCUGCCUUUGCUUAAGGUGCUAAUGCAUUUCCAAACCAGCAUAUGAAACAGCUUUAUGCUGCACAAAAGAUUCACUUCAUGUGUGAUUUUAUCAGAGAUUAUUCAGCUCACUCUGUAAUAACGGUGUUUUUCUGCACUGGGAUGGUUGUGGGGCUUUAAAUUUGUCUUCUGAAAACUCUGUGCAGCCUGUACCAUAACAGGAGAAACACCAGAAUUGCUUUAUCAGACUCUGUGGGCAGGUGUGUUAUGCAAGGCCAGAGAGUGAAUCAGAGGAAUUAUUCCGUGUGUGUGAGUGAGUGUCUCUGUUUCUCUGUGUGUUAUGAAAUGUUUUCGUGCCUGUCUGUUGGAUUUGUUUGACUUUUGUUUCUGUUUGUCUUUGUUUGCCUGAAUUAUGUCAGUAAUAUACACCAUUGACAUUUAGGGGUUCUAGAGAAAACACAUAGUUUGUCAAUAUAGGGAUGUACUUACACACUCCCUCUCUCUCUGUGCAUAUGUGUGAGUGUUUACGACAAGCAGACAAUAUAAUCUGGUUUCUUGAAUUGGCAAGAAACCACAGACAGACUUAAAGACAUUCUGCUGCAGCAAUGUCUACACAGUAAGCCGUCAGGAGCGGUUUUAGCAUUGACAUGCAUCAAAAAUAUCUAUGCCUAUGGUUCACUCUGAGGUAGUCGUGCAUUUAUCAUUGCUAAUACAAAUGACUGUCUAUUGUGUCUUCAGUCAGCAAAUCACAUUUUUUUUUCCAUUAUUUUAUAUACUUUUAAUUUUUAAGAAUAAGAAAAGAUUAUUAUUGAUAGUAUUUUUGAUUACAUAUUUAUGCUGCUGUGACUAUUAUCGAGUAGGUUUUGAUAUAAUUAACUUCAAAACAAAGAAAUAUCAAAUUCUUAAAUGAUCAGCUAUAGAAAAAUGUAUUUUUCAGUUUAAAUAUGUAUCAGGUCAGCAAAGCGAGGACUCUGAACAAACAUUAAGCUCCAUUUGAAACAUAUAAACCCUUAGCUGAAAACAAGAAGUUGUUAUAGAAGGAUUUAAUGUACUGCGUUUUCUCUGUAAUGCUUUAGGUACAGCACAAAGCACAUGAACAAUCUCAAAUGUAAAAGUGAAAAUCAAAACAAAAGUUUUCCAUAAGUUUCUCUCCAAACCUAAACCUCGGAAAAAAACCGUCAUGUGUAAUUACUCUGAGAAAUCUUAAUUAAAUCUCAUAGUGUGCGUCGACCCUCUGAGACCACAUUAACAACUCUAUCCCUGCUGUUAGAGCAGAGCUGCUCUAAAUUGGUUAAUUUGCUUAGACUAUUAUCUUACUUUCAGGCUUUUACUAUCACCCCCUCAAGCAUAGUACUCGCUGACUGCGCUGCUGUGCGCACACAUACACAAUCUCAUGCGUGUAUUCAAUGGUUUACAGUGGUUUUAGUAUUAAAAAAUCCUCAUCCAGCCUUCAUACUGUAACACCACUUAGAACUCCUCCUCCAGCUGCUAGACUGAGCAGGAUUACUCAAGGCUUACACACACACACACACACACACACACACACACACACACACACACACACACACACACACACACACACACACACACACACACACACACACACAAAUAGUCUAGAAACCACAGCAUAUGCACAGACAUACACACUCCCUCCCCUUAUCAUCCAGACUGUGUGUGUCUAAUUGAUGUGUGGAUUAUGCUGUCUCCUCUCACUCCCCACAGCUGUCUCAUGGCUUCAGUUCAUUCAGGUUACACCAUACUGGUUCUGGCCCUUAUUUAAAUCUUAACUAUUUGAUUUGAGAUAGGUAUAUGAUGGAGGAAUGGAGCCUGUUUUAUUAAGGAUUGUAAAGAGUUUAUAGUUUUAUAAGUGGAGCAGCCCUGCAGAGAAAUAUCACAUGCUGAUGAUUUGAAAACAUUUCUAAAUAAUGCAUUAUGCACUGAUGGUUAUAUCUCCUCCUUCUAAGAACAUCAAAGAAAAUUGAGCCAUUAGAGAGAAAUGUUGUGCCCUACUUUCCUAUGGAAGUUAAAACUGCAGAAUUUCAUCUUAAAGUGACACAAUAAUGUAGCCGUCAGUGAGUUAUAGAGGGUUUCUUUUUUCACUGAAGCCUAAAGUAUUUCCACUUGGCUCUGUUUGGUUUGGCCCAGUCUGUCUGGGUUUGGCAUUGAAUGGUUUGUCCUGGCGGGGUGUAGUGAAAGGGUAUUAGCACCGGGAGAGACACUAAAACCUCAGGGAUGGCCCGACAUUAAUCUGGCAGAGGAGGAGGAAGGAUGUGUGUGUGUGCGUAUACGUAAAUGUGCAUGUGUGUGUGUGAUUGUUGUCAUUGUCGGCAGGGGACGUCUGGGGGGAUAACUGUGGCAUUGUUCGCACUUCUGUAGUAUUUUAUCUUUGAAUGUAUGCAGAAGAACUUUGAAGAAGUAGCAACAUUAAUUGAAAAGGCAUAUGAAGCUAAUAUGGCUGCUUAUUUAACAUUUUUUAUAAUCAUCGCAAUACAAAAAUGCACAAACCAUGCAAACCCAAAAGAUCAUGGUCGAUAAGAAAAGAUGUUUUAUGGAUUUGUAAGUCCUGCAUUCAAGUUUACAUUCAGGAAUUUGACCAAACAGUAGGCCGACCAAUCGCGUGAAGCUGUCAGCUAUCGUUUGACAAAGUGGUUGUUUAUUUGGAGGCAAAUAAGAUUGAGCAAAGUGUGGUUUUUCAAGGCUGUGUUGAGAGAAAAAUCACUUUUUUUCUCAGUUUUUUCAUUCAGAAUACAUUAAACACCUUGUACUGUCUCAAGCAUCCUGAAAUACAGCAGAAAGACAGUUGAGAGAUGUAAUUUAGCUACAAUUAAAACAUAAUACCAUACCAAAUUAUGAUCACAAUAUUAGGUAAAGGAUACUAUACAUUGAGCAGGUCGAGGAUUAGAAAUCCAGGUCUAUUAACUGGUUACCAACCACAGGUACAAAUGAGUUGAAACUAAGAGUUGAUUUCAAGAUGAUUGUAUUGAUCUACAAAUAAUUUAUUCAUGCAUCUGAAAAAGUUACACCCUCCUCAGAUUCAACAGUUGAUAACCCUGCCAUUAAAAUGGUUUUCUUACCAGCGUACUUGUGCACCAUACUCACAUUAAACUGAACGAUUUCACUCGAGUCUAAAUAUCAGCUUUCGUCGCCAUUCUUAGCAGACGCAGGAAACAAGAGCAGCACUUGAAUAAAGUCCUCCCAUUACUUUUCUGUCAGUCUUUUCUUCUUCUUUCACGCCCCUUUUUAGUUUCAGCACCAUUUUCCUUGUUUCUCUGUUGUUCACGUGGCAGUCAUCAAGCACCAGUCUCAAGCUCUCCAAACAGAUUAGGAGUAAUACUAAAAAUAUUCUCUUCAUGUUGUUUACCAAUGUAUGAACAGUAAGAACUGAAAUCAUGAUCUUCAUGAAUGUGCUGAACUCCUUUCAUGAUACGACCUGUGGGAUCUGACCGUCCUCAACGCUGGUCAUUCUUAUUGAGUUAUCAUUGUUGUGGAUUUUGCCCAAUCAGAAUCAAGUAUUCAAUCACAGCCAGGUGAUUGGUAAUAGGAUUAAUCAGUCAGAUAGUUGGCAGAAAACAUAUUGCCCAUUGUUCAUUGAAAAUAUAUUUUCAGCUUCGUAAAAGUAUGAAUGUUGAGGAUUAUUGUUGCUGGUUGGAUGAAAUAAGCAAGUUUAAGAUGUCAUCCUCAGUUUUCAGAAACUUUAUUGAGCCACUUCUGCUAUUUCUAAGUCUCAUGUAGAAAAAAUAAGGAUUAAAUUAAUUCAAAUGUUCAUUCUACCUUUGAAAAGAGAGAAAAAUAAGUGCAAAAACCUUGAUUUGAAAAACAGAUCUGACACACAGUUAACAGUGCUGCGCUCAAGCUUUCUCCUACAGAGUUAUUUUAAAUGGGACUAUAAAUUAAAACAUGUUACUGGUUGUUUACACCAAACAUUUGCAUUCAGCCUUUUGCGUGUAACCUGCAAUCAUCUCAGCGGUAUAUAAUUAAACGAUCUCAGUUUGGAAAUGCAUUCUCGACUCAUGAGAACAAUAUCCAAGUGUUGACGGAAAGCAUGAGCAGCAAGUAAAUAUUAUCCAGUGAAAUGUUGUUGUUUUGGUCUCCUUCGCUGAGCUGGUCAGAUAUCUCAUGAUGACGAGUCUUUCUGUGUGUUGGUUCUGGUCUUGAUUCUCAGCCAUGCAGAAAGAGGGUCUGAAUAUGCUGCUACUGUACACUACACGCCACAGAAAGCUGUUGAUUGCAUAAGCAAUGUACAGUUGACCUUCAUUUUUAUGCACGAAAGUAUGCGGUGGAGUGGUUUUAAAACUCUGUGAGAAGCCAGAGGUAAAAAGCUCAGAGCAUAUUUAAACAAUGAUCCAAUUAAAGCAGGAAAUGCCUGUGGGAUGUCUUCUUUCUUAUCGUCUGUGUGUACAUAAACUGGAGACAUUCAGCCAGGAAACCUGCCCGUCAGCAGAUAGAUGAGGCACUGAGUGUGGUGUGUAGGCAGGCGGGGUGUGAUCCUUGUGUCUGUGCAUGUGUUUGCAUGCUCAUUUAUGUGUGGGUGUGUGUUUGCGUAUGGGCUUGUUCCUCGUCUGUUGUUGGUGUGAGGAUAUCAGUGAUGAUGCAAGGAGCUUCUCCGCCGCUCUGUGGGUAUUUUUGUGUAUUUAUGUUUCAGAUACAUUUCAGGUCAGGUUAUAUCUCAGUCAAUUCUCCAGAAAGAUGAGCCUGUGGAAGUAGCAGAAUGUGACUCAAUACACUGACGAGUCUGAUGAUACCGUGCAGAAAUGCAUGAAGAUGAAGUAAUCUCAUGAGACGGUACUUUUCGCAGUAAAAAGAUGGAGGCACCAGAGAAAGAGGAAGGCUGAUAAGUUUAAUGAGUGCAGCUGGAAUGAAAGGUUGAGGAAAAGAGGUAGGAGUUUUUAAAGACUAAUGAGAAAAAAAAGAGACCAAGAUUAAGGAAUAAUGAGGAGUAAAAACAGGAUAAAGGAGGAGAGAGUCUGAUGAUGGAAGUGACUGUGAGCAGCAGAGAAACCCUAUAUGGGCAGCCAGGCCCCCCACCUCCAGUUUGUUUCAGACGGGUUGUUUAGUUUGGCCUUCUCCGAACAACUGGAACAAUAUUCCUGCUCGAAGAUGGAUGGAGGAAGGGUUAGACACAGUUCACCUGAAAAAACUGUGAGAACUUUCCCUACAUGAGAUACUUUAGGCAAAGCUCUGCUUGAUUUACACUUUAGAGAGCUGUUUUUGUCCUUGAAACAGUUGUAGGAUGUGUUUUUGGUUCUGUGUGCUAUUCAAGUGGCGGGGGAUGAUGGACGAUUUCAUGAAUACAGAUUUAAAGUCGAGUUUUCAAACAUUCAACAUUGUUUCCAGUUUGAGAGAUUUAAUGCCCAACAGAAUGAUCAUAAACUUAAUAAACAUGAAGUUAUCUUAUUUACUCUAUUUUGACUCUUUUUACAUAAACUGACGUCAUUAAUAAUCUGUGUAAGUACACGUAAAUGUGAAAGCAUCUUUAUUCAAGCUUAAUAAAGGGAUUCUACAAACUAUUUUUGCCCUAGUCCGAUCACUUUAUGAGCAGUCCUUGGGUGUUAUGAGCCUGGUUGCUUUCCAAGUCCAGCAGUGUUUAUUUAUAGUGCAGGAAAGGCUAUUUGUGUCAGGAGGAAACGUUGCACUAGAGCUAUUUUUUACUGGGAUUCUUUUGCACCCAUAAAUGUCCGACGCUGGAUUUUUGUAUCAAACCUGAAGCUUUCAAUCCUGAGUGCAUCUAAUGAAAUGAACUGUGUAAAAAGACGGUUGUAAGGAGGGGCAGUGAUGAAAACCAGCAUGUAAUCAGUAAUUUAAAAACAUGCAGACAAUAUGUUGCACACAUUUUAACUUUGGCAUUAUUCUGACGAGCUCAAAUGAUGAUAUCACUGAGUCUGUGAUUGAGCCCAUGGCUACAAUGGCUCCUUAAAGUCACGGUGGUGGUCUCAUAUUCUCCCGAAACUACACCAGAUGUUUUUAAGAGAAGCACUAGAAAGCAGUAAAAUAAAAGGUAAUUAGAGGGGUCAAAGGGAUAAGUCGAAUGAUGUGAGUUUUUUCUUUAAGCAUCAAAACUUCAAGAAAAGAGAAGAGGGCUGAUGGACGAUGUAUUCACAACUCUGCUUUCCUUUUAUUCUCCUCUCUGUAGAGUCUAAGUGGAAUUGCCGAAGGAGAGAGAGGAGGCUUUUAAAACAAUAACAAAAGUCACAUCGAACAGUUUAACAAAUGGAAAACUAUAAAAUCUUUUGAAGUGGCGUUCAAGUGUUCUUUCAAAUAGUGUAAGUGUAAUGCAUUAACAUGGGCUCAUUUGGUAAAUAAAGCGUUACAGAGAGGUCUGUCUGUUUCGUUCAACACUUCAUGUCUUUCUAGUAAAAGUCUGAGUAGAUAUUUAAUAAUUCUCUGUAUUAAUAAACACAACUGCACUUCUUUGCAAACAUAUUGACCCCUCACAAACUAAAACUAGCUUCAUAAUGGCACACCUAUGAUGAUAAAAGAUCAACUUCAUGUAGUAAUCACAUCUAUGCUGUUUUAAGUGUCAAGGGGGGCUUUACUGAGUUUAUGCAUUUAAAUGUCUGCAGGAGUCCGGCUGCACAUGUUGUGACUGAAGUUGUUUACAGUAAAGCCUUUUGUCUGAUGAAUCGCCUAAAGUUAUGUCACUCCUGUGGGUCUUGUGGGAUUCAGUCAGAAAGCCAAACAGAUAUUUAAUGCACUGUCUGUUGUUAGUCCAACAUUGUUGUGAUAGCGUGAUGCUACAUCAGUAGAGUCAGUGUGCACUCCAGGUUGUGCAUCAUAGUAAAACACAUGGCAGCAUCUUUUAUAAUGAGAGCAACCAUCUGGUCCUUGUUUAACAUUUCUGUCUAAUAACGCUCUUCUUCUGGGUUUGAGUUUCAGAGUCGAGUAAACUAUUGUUAUGUGUGUGUGUGUGUUUGUGUGUGUGUGUGUGUGUGUGUGUUUGGAGCAGUAAGCGGUUUCAGCUGUGGCCCUAGAGAAAGGAAGUAUUGUUUGAAGACAUCUGAGCAUCUGCUUUGUUGCAGAUAAGGGGUUUGAAGUUAACAGCCACUGCUGAUCAAAGGGCCGAGAUAUUGCAGAAGUGCCAAUCUCUGACCUUCACUGUUUCUUUUCCUUUUAUUCUGUACAUUGUUCCAUCCUCCAUCCUCUCCUUCAUUUCCUGUCUAUAGCAUCCUCCUUUGUCUCUCAAAGAAAAGACUAACAUGAAAUGAGGUUAUCUCCCUCUGGAGUUUGGUCUAUGUUGCUUCUGUUUCUUACCUUCCAACUAACCUACUUUUCUUUUUGCAUUGAUCGAGCUUUAUCUUUGAUCUCAGACUGUAAUCCCCAGGAACAUGUAAUUCCCAUUUAAACAGAAGUGUGUUACUGUGUCAAUGGAUACAGCAGGAAGUGUUCAUAUUAUUCUUACCUCUCUCAGUGGCAGAAACCUCUAAUAUUUUCAUCCUUAAAGGGAUAUUUCAGCGUAAAAUUAAGUUAGGGUCAAACACACCAUAACACUGAGUUAGACACCCCCUUGAGAGAUGGUUGCUCCUCUAGGUAUACCAACUUUAGUUACGACUGCACGAUAGCAAUACACAACAGUCUACCACUCCACGAGUAAAUCUCAACCAAAAAGCCACUCGUAGCUACAAAUAAUGCUCAGAACAGCACCUAACUUCAUCAACAGUACAUAUAGGGUCCCAGCCACAGUACUAGCCACCAAACAUCUUUUUAGCUUUGUCUGAUUUCUUUAGCAAAGAGACUAAACACAACUCACCCACUCUCCUCCAGCAGCCGCUUGUUUGUAGGGGGAGCCCUGACGAGUUGAUCACUGAGUGCAGUGGAGUUUCGCAGCUCUAGGAAGAACAUUUAUGAUUAUUACUUCAUGGAAAUGCAACCAGACUGAGACGCUAAGGCAGAAGAACUACCAGUCUGCAGUGCAAAGUGAUUAUUAUGGUGAUUAUUACUUCAUGGAAAUGAUCUCAGUGAAUGACUCGUCGAUUCUAAGCCCAUAGAGAGAUUUCCACUACAGAGUUGUGUCUGUUUUAAUGCAGAGGACCUGACAGUAACCCAGUAUUAAAUUUUAAGCCUUUUAAAGAGAGAUUUCUCCUGCUUCUCUGAAUCUUUCCAUGAUAUCAUGCAGUGAAGAUGACGAAAUUCUCAUUCUUUGCAGUUUUACACAAUGGACAAUUAUUCUGAAAUUGUUGAACAAUUUGUUCACAUAAUUUCUCACAGGCUGAUGAACUUUUUUUUUCACUUGUACUUCAGAAAAACUCAGCCUCUCUGGAAUGCACUUUUCAUACCCAGUCACCUAACUAACUUUUGCAUAUGAACCCAAUUAGUUGGGAUUUGUUCCAGCGGCUGUUUUGUAAGCAUAACAUAAUUUUUGCAGUGUUUGGUUGUCCCUGUCCCUGCUUGAAUAUCAAAAGCCAAAUAAGCAUAUAUUUUCAUAAAACAGUAAAAAAUUCAGUAACAUCUGAUUGAUUGUUUUUGCACGAUUGUCAAUACAUACCACUAAUACAUUUAUUUUGUCAACUUCUUGUACAACCAGGAUUUGUUAUUGUGAUGAUAAUUGUUAAUAAACUUUUUACGACUCUAAAUUGUAAAGACCCCCCAACAGCGACAGUGGAGCAAAAAACAAUUGUAUCUGUUAUAAGACAAAAAAAAAGAUGUUAAAGGUUUUUGAAAGAAAAUGUUUUUUCUGUUAAACUCCACAUACUUAGAGGCUAAACCGUUCAAACAUACAAAGAGAUGCAGGAAUUACUGUUUCCUUAUCUAAGUUUAUUUUUCUUUCAGAGAACUGAGGAAGUCCAGAGUGGCAGAGAAAACACUCACACUAGCCAGGCCUGUUUAUGCAGAAAGCAUGAGGGUAACACACAGUCACUCACACUUCUUGAGAGGCUGUUUACUUAGUAUUUAUUCUUAAACUGUUGCGAUCACUAGGUGUCUAAAGUUGGGAUUUCAUCAUUUGUUUUCAAAACUUCACAGUGGAGAAAAGACUGAACACACGUUAGAAAUAUGAGGAGAGGAGGAAGAAUACAUUUGGAAGCAACACACGGAAAAGAAGUGCAUAAAAGUUUAGAUCUUUACAAGUCUAAUAAAUGCCUGUUUUAUCUCUCCAGCAUGCCUUUGCCAACUCAACAGUUUUAUCCUUCUCUCUUUUCUUCUGCUUCUUUUCCUCUCUUGCUUCUUGUUCUCCUCGUUCUUCUGUCCUGGACAAACAGGAAACGCUUAAUGUUAUCAGCCACCUCUUUGUGUGUCUUAAUGAGCGUUAGGCUAAAGCAGAGAGGGAACAAACACUACUAUCCACACCCUGAUCCCACAGUAAACACACUUAUCAAAGCCAAAGAAACAGAAAGAGAGGGAAAACCUGAGAGGGCAGACUGGGGCAGGGGAGGACAGGGGGCAGGCAGGGAAACAGGACUGCGAGUAAGACAGGAAGUGAGAGCCUUUUUCACUUCCUGGUGGCACAAAUAGAACGUGGACUUUUUAAAGGCCAGCACCAAACUCUUUCCAGUACACACUACUGUGUUUUUGUGUUGUUGUAUUUUAGAUCCACCACAUUAGGAGACAUCUAAAACUGCAGAGUGUGGAGUCGUAUCAAACCCUCCAAAAGUGAGUCUACUCUGAUUUAGCCUAACUGACUUCAAGUGCAAACAUGUCGUUUUAGACACAAUGCUAUAAUAAAACCAAACAGACAAUGACUUUGAUUAUUGAUUUUUAAUAACAUCGAAAAAUAGUUUGCAGGAUUUGCUUUUUAUGGUUUAUGCAGCUACACUUAUGAGACUGUUGAAUGUGCGUAUUUUCCAUAGACUGUAUAUAGAAUGGACAGAAUCUGCCUCCUCGCUGGGUGAAGCCACUCCGAGAACAGCACCCUCUGUUGGCAGGCUGCAGUAUAGGUCAUAAAUCCCACCUCCGCCAGCAAAGCUUAUGGGACUAUGGACAAACUUUAGAAAUAAUUACACAGAAUAUACGUUGGUUUCAGGAAGUGGAGAAAAAACGCGAAAUUACUGAGAGUUUUUUGGCUUUAAAUCCGUAUACUGGUGGAAGGCGGGAACAAGUUGUCCAUAGUAUAUACAGUCUAUGGUAUUCCCCUUUAUAAAGUCUAAGUAUUGAAAAUGCCAUACUCAAGUGGGCUACAGUUUAAAAACAUGACGGAACAAUGAAAACAUUUUUGCAAAUGUCAUCCAGAUAACUUGUUUUCCCCCCUCUACUUUGUGCAUUAAUGGGUCUUUAAUCUCACGGUUCACAGAUCAGCUGAUGUAGAUCAUUAAUGAUGCUAUGAUAUAGAACCUUCAAGACAAACUUAGGCGACCAAAGUUUACCGUAGUGUUUUGUUCCUACAUCUUAAUAAAGAGUGAUUGAUUCAGCUGCGAGUCUGACGUAAACAGAACUUUUCCUGGGACUGAGCAGCGGUGGGGAGAUUGAGAAAGGCCCCAACUGUGGUUUUACUUGUGUAGUAUCUCAGGAUUAGGGGCCAGUGACUUAAAGCUGGUGAAACUGAUGUGGGCUUAACUCAUGCUGUCAACGAAGGGUCAGUCAUCAGACUUUUAAUGUUGGCAAAUGUUGUUUAGAGUCAGAGUUCAUGAGUGGAGAUCUGGUGGAGCUUUUUUUAAGAGUGCAGGGUUUGCACAUUUUUAACAUGCUCUCGACUGCGUUGUGUCCAUGUUUAACUGGCGAGGAGGACAGCAAACUACCAUGACUGAAAUUAAAAGCAGACAACAAGCUCAAACAAGGUGAUAUUUGUCAUAAAAUGAUCAACUAAAAGAAGUAUCACUGAUUCAUUGUAUGUUGUCUGUUUUAGGGCACUGAUAUGAGUACAUUUAACAUCUAUCAAGGCGUCUCCAACCUAGUGUAGCUUGUCUCUUCACUCAUUUCACUGACAACAGGAAAAACUCCCCCUGCAUGUGCCUCUUUUAUGUUUGAGAAACUUGAUUACUCUCUCUUCGUUCAAAAACUUUGUGGUGGAGUCAAGACCUCUGCUACUCGUGCUCAGUCUCCUCCAGCACAUGAUCAUUUCAUUCGCCUCCCUACGUCGACGCUGUGAGUGUGUGCGGAAGAAAGUGGAGCAGUGCAUUCCGCUCCACUUAAACCUGUCCAUUACAAUGUAGUCUGAUGCUAUCGGUGUCAUGCUGCUCUAUCGUGACAGCCUUUCACUUUUUGUUGAGCCUAUUAAAAUCACAGAGGCCAUUAGGCACGAUCAUGCUCAACAGUACACCAGUGUUUCCUCGAAGUUUCUGGUAGAGCUGAUGGGGUUUAAAGUCUAUUUCUGUUUUUCUCCAGCAUGCAGGUCUUAUUAAUGAGACUGAAGUCGGUUCCUUUACUGUAAUUGAUAACUUUUUACCUGCCUGUUUGGACUUGAUGUUUUUCCUUAUUAUGAAGAAAAAGGCUUAGUAUUUACCUUGACCCAAAAUACUCACGUUUUAAUCUCUACAGGGCAAGCAAGUAGGGCUGUCCCGAUAUUGAUAUUGGAUAUUGGUCUGAUAUCAGCAAAAAAAAAAAACAAAUAUCGGGUUAUAUCGGCCUGCAUCUAAAACCUCUGAUAUCAGCACUACGAUACAAGCUGUCCAUUCCAGACUCUGCUGCGGCACAUCUAUCUAGCAGCACCCGAAUACAACAAACUGAGCCCAUGAAAUCAACACAAAAGUGUGUACUAAGGUACUAACAAUGUAGCAAGGAGUAAGAGUGAUGUCGGCCUUGUGGCAGUAUUUUUUGUUUAAGUCCGAAACAGACGUUGCAGCUGAGUGAAAAACUUGUCGUGCACAAUUUUGUGUCAAUUUUUGGCUCAAUAUUAGUAUCGGUCAAUUUUGAAGGCUACAAUAUCAGUAUCGUACCUAUCGUACCUAACCCACGAGUACACGAACAUGCGGUUUUUGGCAUCUGCUUUGACAAGUAGUAAUUUGAAGGAUGUGGUCUCUCAAAUGUGAACUUUCAUUCAUUUUUCAUGCUUCGUUUUGUGAGAAUUAUAACAACAUCAAGCUUUGGACUUUUGAUCUGACAUAAGAUCACACUCAAUGACUCCACCAUGGCCCUAGAGGAACUGUUGUAUAAAUAUCUCUAAUACUGCCUCUUUGCAUUAUGAUAAAAAGUUUUGUAAUAAUUGAUAACUACGUAUUUCUGUGUGGUAAAGACACAGAAAUCAGACUUGAGAGGUUCACAUGAGGUUAGUCCUGGAUAAAUCUUUUGAAGGUGUUGGAUAGUUUCACAGUGAAAUUUGUCUGCAAAGCAGUUUGACACAGACACGGGGUAGAGGGCCUCGCUUUUUAUUUAUGUCCCUAAAUGUUCUUCAGUCUCUCGUGCCAACACUUCCGACAACCGACUCAGCGUGGUCAAGCUUUUUCUGGAGCAAGUGCUCCAGCAGAAGAACUGAGAGAGCUGGUUGUUUACUUUGACUGGGAGUGUUUCUAUGUAGUUCAAAGCUCUGAAUCAGGAAAAUAUACAGCACUUAGAUCCCUGAACUUAAAUAAAAAAGCUCUAUGCAUUUUUCCUUUUUUCUAGUUUAUGUCUCCUGAAUGUCUCUCCUUCUAAUUGCCAGGUUUCUCCUCUGAGUGCCCUCUUAAGUUGGACAGUGUGGUUGGUUCACGUGGUUAACCAUCACUCAUGGAAACCCCGCAGUAUUUUUGGUUCUUCUCUAAAUGUAACAUUUUUAGAGUACAAAUUUGAAGCUUUAAUAACUUGAUACUUCCUACAUUUAGGUAUUGUAACUUCCUUUUUCUUCACAAAAUUAGUCUUUGUCUAUUCUGAUAUAUUUCUCGGAUUAAACAACUCUGCAAAUAACUUUCUUGAAAAUUUGCUGCUAGAGUAGAAACUUGGAUCUAGGGCUGGGCAAUAUGGCCACAAAUCAAUAUAUCACGAUAUAUUGAGCAGUUCAUUUCGAUAACGAUAAAAGGACGAUAACUACUCCACUAGUUCCUCAACCCCUCCCACAUUAACUUUGUCAACUUCAGCCGCUGCUCCAGCCGCUAAAACUUUUGAACCGUCCUCUAUCUCCUCACCUGUCUUUGUUAUGGACUAGAUGGGGUGGAGUCAUGUCUCUGACGUAGGACAGCAUCUUAAAGGGACAUGAGACCAUAGCCUACCUACACAUACCGAAAACCAACUUUUAUUUACUUAUUAUUUUGACACCAUAUAUACCGAUAUGGGCGAAAUGACGUCGGUUAUUGUCGUAAAUUUCAGUAUCGGGAAAUUUUCGGUUUAUCGCCCAGCCCUAAUUUGAACACACUUUUAUGUGUAUUAUGAUGUAUUUUAUGUGUAUUCAUAAUAUUCAUUUGGCCUUUAAAAGACAAGAUUGAAAGAUCAGAGUUUAAUUUAAAUUUUUGAAUUGAUUGAAUCUGGCUUAACUGCUAGAGGAGAAAAUAUGAAGGAAUGUAAAUUCUCUGUAACAAUACAGUUCAGCACUCACAGUCAUUCAGUGUGUUUGUUUAGUUCAUUUUUUCAAUCUGAUGAGCUACUGAGACUUUAAAGCUCCCACUUGAAAUAAAGUCAGGUUUAAACUCAAAUGCUGCACCUCGGCAUCUCACCAUCCACUGUGCAAAAUGUGAUAUCUCCUAUUUUUAAACUCUGAUAUGUAGCUUACAGUAGUGGGUUUAUUUGGCUGCUGUUUCCGGGUCAUAAAGGCACUCAAUUACAGCAGCAAGGUCCACCCUUCCUGAUGUCCACAAAACAUGAUAAGAGGAUUACUGGUGCCAUGUUUAAUCAUAAGUAAACCCUCUCCAAGCUCUUUGUAGGUUUAUGUUAACUCCCUAACAGAAUAUGUUCAUACACAGACUUGUAUUUAAAAAAAUAACUCACUUCAAUAAUGACUCAGUUGUGUGGUUGUUUAUCUUUUUCUUUUCAGUUCCUCACCCGUCUCCUAAGUAAACCUAUUUUUAGUAUCUGACUACCUCAGCGCCCUGCACGCUGACUGAACACAUGACUGCCCGAAUAAAAAAUCAUGAGACUUUUCAUUCCAACCCACCGGGAGGCAAAUCAAGCCAACCUCUUUGAAAACAAGCCAAACCUGCCUCUACACCAUAUGGGAUAUGUCAUGUCAUUAAUAGCUCCAGCUACCUCCUGCUGUGUCAUGUUUCAUUGCACACCAAUCAUAGUGACGGACAGAUGCACGUUCUCUGACUGGCUCCUGUGUCUCUUUUACUCUAAACCCUACAGCAAACACACCACUGCCUCUGUGGACCCAGGUCUCUACACAUACCACCCAUACAAUGUUUGGUUAUAAGAUGACUGUCUAAACAUCUGCCUCACUGACAAGAAUAAUAGGAGUAUUCUUAGUUUUCCUCCUGAAGAUAAGCGUUGUGUUUGUAAAGACUGACGGAAAUUUUUAAAAAAUUAUCAAAUAAAAGUUGCGCUAAGUUAGGAAUGUACAAGGGAAAGUGAUGUUUUAGCAUUUCACACCACAAUGAAUGCAUUGUUUUUAUCCUGUAGGCCUAAAAUCUAUAUGUACAAAUAUUAUUCCAAAUAAAACAUGUGGAUUUCAUGUUGAUCUCCAGCUGCCAGUGAAAUCACAUGAAUCCAGCAGUAUCAGUGUGUAUCAUACAGCCUGCAGGCUUCUGUGUCCUGCACUGGGCUCUUGUGUGAGCAUGAUCAAACGAGAAAACCAGGACUCACAUGUGAACUCAAUUUAGCAUUAAUGUUGUUUUACAAAACUCAAAUGGAUCAACUUAACGUGAUCGAAACAUCACUUUGAUUCUGUUAGAAGAAAAAAUUUGAAAUCAGCUUCCCAGAUCUGACGUAAUAUCAAAUACUGAAACUCUUCAAAGACAUUGCCACGGUGAGUUUCAGUAUUUGCUCAUUUUUUAACAGCAGUGAACUGGUGUUGUUGUAAAUUUGCUCCAUAUCCUGCAAUCUUACUACGUUCAUCCUAAAUUUCCUAGUAUUGUCCUCAUUUUCUAACAAAACUGAACAGGAUUUAAAAUCUCGUUACUAUGGAAUUAUUAAGUUUUCUACAAUAAACAAAAAAGUCUUAUUGCAGAGUCUGGAUUUCCCCAAUCCUGCUUUUGCUCUCUUGUGUAUUUUUGGAAACACUAGGUGAAGUGUUACUGCCUAUAUUAUUCCUGCCUAUAAUUGAUGUAGCAGAGCACCUGGUCCAUUCGUAUAUCUCUCACACAUGUCUGUUUCAGUGCUCUGCUGAGUGUCUUUAUAUCCAAUCUGUUUUUUUAAUCUGUCAGAGAACUUUCAGGUCUGACUAAACCCCCUCGAACAGAAUCUCAACUUCAGUGCUUUGCAGCUUGGAUCACUCAGAGCAUGUGUGGGUUUUUUUCCUCUUCUUUUUUAACUCCUUCCAAAACUUUUUGCCAGAAAAUCAAGAAUGUUUCUAAGUGGUUUUCGACUUUGCUUUACCGGUUCCAAAACACCAACAUUUUAGUAGAUUUUAUUUUUCCACUGCUCUAGAGACAUGACUCUAAUGGCUGCAGGGCUUAUUGGUCAUCCCAGCUGUCUUAGUAAUAGAACAGAUUUAUAUAGCCCUGCCUUUUUCCACCAGCUGUGCAAAAUGUACUGCUGUGAUUGCUUUUGAAUGUUUGCCAUGUAUCACUGUUGACUUAUUGCUGUCCUAAAAUAGGGUACAGUUUGCCCUCACAUGUAUUUAUGGAGUUGGAGAGUUCACCCCGUUAUCAAGUGUAGGUCAGUAGGCUAUCAGGUCAAAUCUAAUACUGUGAGUAUGCACAGGUGGCUGCUGGGAGAGCUGGUUAUGGAUCUCACACUAAUAUUGGGGUGCAUGGAUUCGCCUCCCUUAUAGUGAAGUAUGAAACAGUUCUUGUACAACAAACUCAUUGAGGACUAUUUCAAUACAGGUGGUUUUAUCUUCUCACUGAAGUUAAGGCAACCUUGUCUCUGUUUUAUUUUGAUAUUUCGGAUUUUGUUCGAUCAGAUUAUCAUAGUGUUGCUCUUUUCAGUAUCUCUCUUGUAAGUGUGGUACAGUACGGUUGUGUGUUUUGUUCUUGGCCAGAUGUAAACAGAUACUGUGUCUGACUUGUGAGGCUCACAGUAGUGUAAUCUGUGACUGCAGUGUAGCAGACACUCUGAGUGUGAGAUCAUGUUUUGAGCUCUCUAACUGCUGACAUCUCUUUAUCUGAGCAGUCUGUCACUGAUACAAAUGUGGGGCUAUUUGGUUUGUGUAUGUGCAUAUCAGUGCUAGAGAUAUUGUGCAUUUACUGUGUGUGUGUGUGUGUGUGCAUGUGUGUCCCAACAUACGGACAUAAAUAUUUUGUGUGGGCUGCAGCAGAAAUAUUCUCUCUCUCUACGGGGACUAUUACUCAUAUGAGGGCAUCUCAGCCAUUUUGGCUGCAGAGUAUUAUUUGCUAAUGUGUCAAGGUCAAACCAUGCAAGUCAAGUCCAGUUUUGUAAUGACUGCUUUAUUAAAGAUAAGCUUAAUGGCUGAUUAAUUGUACUUUCCCAUACAAACAACACAAAGAUAACAUAAGUAAUGACUUGAAAAGAUGAUAUUCACAUCAUAUCUGCUUCCCCAUUCCUUUAUAAUUACACCUGAUAUGUGUUUCUUAACCUCACAUCACCUCAUUAUUUCCUCCCUUUUCUCUUUGUCUUAUAGACCAAUGAGUGGAACAAAAAUGACGAGCGCCUACUCGCCGCUGUGGAGCACGGCGAGGUGGAGAAAGUGGCGUCACUUCUCGCCAAGAAAGGUGCUAGCGCAGUCAAACUAGACAGCGAAGGAAAAUCAGCGUAAGUAUAGAAAUUUUGUUUCACAAAAUAAAGCGGAGAAAACGGCUUUGUUACAGAUUCGCUAUUCUCAGGUGUGGAUUGUUUCGUGCAGUUUAUAUUGAUUUAUACCUCUGCUAUGAGCGCAUGAUUCCCGGUGGAACCAAUUACGAGAAGGCAUAGUACAUCCACAGCACAACAUGCUUACUGCAAGAAAUACUCCUGCAGGGUAAUUAAUUGGCAGAGACGGAGACAAAAGUCUCCAGUGGCUUCUGAGGGAUCUGUACGAUAUAAGCCUGGAGGAGCAACUGAGACAUUUGGAUGCGGAUCUAAAACACUGACAUGACUAGAAGGGAUCAAAUGUUCAGAUCAAGUUUCCUUCCUGUUUGCAUUUGAUAAUAAAGGGAUAUAAAAAAGGGGGGUCAAAAUUUCAGGGGAAACCUAAUCUUGUUUCUUUUGAAUUAAAUGUAGCAUUUCUACAUCCACUCCUAAACUUCUCAAGUCUUGAGCUUAUGAAACCGCGUUCACGCUUCACAGCACAAUGAUAAAAAAUGAAUGGCUGAACUAAAAAUACUGCUGUUUUUCUUGGUCUGUGAAAAGGUUGACAUUCUCCACCAUUCCCUCAGUCUCUCUGACAUUCAGUGUUUUGAGAACCAGCUCAUUUCUGCAGAGGCAGUGGAGCCUGCCGACUCACCGGUUGAGAUUGUUGAUAACACAGAGGCUCAGUGUUAAUAUUUGACCUCUUUCUUUCUCUGAAACACAACACCCGCUGACCUCAAUGUGCUAAGCAGCUCACGCAGCGCCAGGAACAUCAAAACACAAGAACAAAAUGCAGGGAGAAACCAAUGUGCAGAUCUGCACAUGCCGACACAAACACACAGGCUUUUUUGUUCUCCUGCCAGUUCACAUCCUUGACCUUUUCUCUGUGUGCGACUGGAACACAGACACACACAUGCAGAUGCAUGCUCGCAGGCUUUUUAAAUCAGCAUGAAUGUGAAUGCGGUUUGGGAUCUCGACGCUCCGAUCUUUUCAGAAUGCACAAAGGAGGAGUCUACAGUAUCACUAUGGUGAUAAAACCUGAUUGAAAGGCAUGUGGGCAUAGUUGUGUGUGAGAGUGUGUAGCCCACGCACACACCAGGGGAAGGCUGGGUAUGUGCAGAUUUUUUUCUCUCUGCUUGCUGAGCUGGAAAAGGGGUCGUAUUGAUUGCCUGCUGCACACAUAUGCACUAACAGACCAUUAGGUGUAAAAAGUACAUGCUGUGGUUUUUCACUGUACGUGCUGCACUAUUCACAUAACCAGAAGCAGUGAUCUGAUUUACUCUGGUCAGAAUUUCAUUUAAAAACAAGAUACAGCUCAUGAAUUACUGACGGAUGAUCAAACAGAGUUCUGGAAGAAGCAUCAAAUUUACUGUAGACACUUCAGGAUCAGCCUAUUAGAUAAAACAGUGUCUUAUCAGGCAACUUAAACCUGGUGGGAAAGUGCGAUUGAAUAGAAAAUGCUGUGAAUGUAUUUGUGAGACUGUUUUUACAGCUUGAUAUCAGUGUGAGGUCACAGCUGGAGAUUUCCAAAGCAUGACUUUCCAAGGAAGUUAAACUUGUGUCACAUCAUGAGGUCCUCAAUGUUACUCUAAAAACUCGCAAAGCAAAAGCAGUUUUCUAAUAGCUGUCUUAGACGUGUCCUUGGUGUCCUGUUUUUUUAAAGAGCUGAUUUUAACUUUAAAUCUCGUUCUUGAUUUUGUUUAUUUCGUGCACAGUCUUCAUGUGGCAGCUGCCCGGGGUCUGACUGACUGCCUUUCUGUCAUUCUGUCUCAUGGAGCCGACCUGUCAAUCACUGAUGCUGCAGGUAUGUUCUGAUGUUAUACAGGGGAAUAGAAAAAUAUAAACAUAGACAGGUUUUAUUGGAAGUUAUUUUGGGGACUUGCCAUUUAGUUUCCACUAUACAGGCUAAAGCUGAUGCUUUUUUCAAUCGAUUUCUCCCAAUUUUGUCUCAAAAUUCUGCGAUGUGUUCAAAAUGUUAAUUAUGGCUUUUCUUGAUUUAUGUUCAGGUUUGAAUCCGUUACAGCUGGCUGCCAAAAACAAUCACAUUGAGUGCUGCAAAAAGCUCAUCCAGGUAAGGUGGAUACAGUUGAAGAUACAGUUUUGUUUUUCCUGUUUAAUAGCUUUGCAGUUUGAAUGACCUGCACUCGUUUGCAUCAGUAAUGUGUACGUUCAUACAGAGCCUAGUUUAAACCUAAUUUCUAGGUUAGGGUGGAGUUUUUGUACUCCAUCUUUUCAUUUGGGAAUUGCAACAGCUGAGACUGUUUCGGUUUAGGCGUAAGUUACAUCUUAACGCUGACUAUGGAUUAAGUCAUCACGCAUCAUUUUGAAAGAUGGGAAAUGCUUUGCUCUUCUCUCUCUCUCCCUUAGAAAUGUACCUUUACAUUUAGUUUGAUUUGUUCUCCUGCUUUCGUUUUCCAUGAGUGGAAGUAGUUUUAUGCCUAUUUAAUUGCCUUAUUUAUGCCUAUUUAAUUGCCUUAUAUUUACUGUUGUUUGUUUUUAUCUUUUUGUAAAGCACCUUGUGUUGCAGCUUAAAAGCAUGAAAGGUGCUAUAUAAAUAAAGUUUGAUUUAAUUUGAUUUGAUUUCAUCGCUAACGGUAAGAAAAUAUGUCGCAGCCAACAGUUUCAUCACUGAAUGUCACUGUUGUUAUUUUACUCUUGUUACAGAUUAAAGACAUACUGUAAUCAACCUGUUAAGGCCAACUGCAUUUAAAAAAGUACUUUUCACUGGUUGGCAAGAGUAAGUAAAAAACAAAUGUCUUCAGCAUUAUUUUGGUUGAGAUGAACCUUUUGUCUCUGGUGCAACCAAACAGCUAGGUAUAAUUAAGACACAAGUCUCACAGCGUUGGUCGAACACUGUGCCUUUAAUUUACAGUAAUGUUUGGAUGCUGUUUCAGGUUAAAGUUUCCAAGAUGUGUUGCACAAAAGAGGUGCAAGAAAUAUUAAAAGUCAGAAUCUUUUCAGAGCUCAACUUCCAGCUCCUCAGCAGGACGUCUGCUUGGACACAGUAGCUGAAGCAGGAAAUAAGGAAAUGUGUUGAGAAGCAGCAAGAACCAAAUGAAACCGACUACCUCAAAAAGUCUGACUCCUCUGUUGAGAAGUCUGAAAGCAAACAGCUUUUCCGCUUCAUUUCCUCAGCCUGCUGCUGAGUGUGUUUGAGAGUCAAUGUCCGUGCAGAUCAGCAGGAGCACAUACUCACAAAGACGCACCCAACACGAUUACACAACCAUCUUUCUGCUCUGAUCUGUGGACCUCACUGUUCCAUGAGAGUCAGCCGCAUCAAAAUAAACACGCACCUGCCCGCUAAAACAUCCAUAAAAAUCUUACUGGUAUUGAAAAAGCAAAACUCUCUCUAUUCUCCUUUCCUUUUGUGCCAUAAAACAACUUUGUUGUGCAAGCUCUGACAAACCUUUGUUUCUUUACAAGUCAUUUGGUUGCUGCUAAUAACACAACUUUAUUGCCUGUAUGUCAUGAUGUAUUUGCUUUGCUUGCAUUUGUGCAAAACUGAAUUUGCUGCUUAUAUCUGAUAGUCAAGAAACAAGUGGUUGCAGACUAAAGUAUUUUUUGGGGUUCUGAGAAGUAUUUGGACAGAUCUUUAGAAGUACUCAGUUAAAUUCUCUGAAACAGUUUUCCAGCUAUUCGGGAAAAUACUGUAUCAGGCUUUACUAAAGUCGAAUGACACAGAGAAGUCUAACAGUAUCCAUGAAAGGGACUUUUCAUUGAAAACGUUUCAUAAUUCAUGUGUGAAAUUGAUUUGUAUAUUUCGUACAUCUCUGCUCUGUCUCUAGAAUAAGAGUCCUAUUGAUGCUGUUGAUGGCUCAGGGAAAGCUGCCCUACAUCACGCUGGUAAGUGUCUCCUAUCCUGAGAGUUAAUUAAAGCGGAGUGCUUUUGUCGGAGAUUAGUCUACUAAGACUAAAGAUGUGGGAACAAUUCUAGUGAGCUGGGGUUCAAGCUCUCCUUUAUUUAUUAAAUUCAACCACCAUACCACAAAAUAGGUGAUUAAAACCUGAUUUUAGCCUGUUUAGUUUCUCAAAGUUCUCAUAAUACACUCACAGGUUUCCUUUCACACUAUACACUACACCAGGGGCUUGGGAUUGGUGUGCUAUGACUCUCCAAAGUUUACAAAAUGGUCUAAGUAGAGGAUUUCCUACACAUUUCAUUUCCAGACCAAACGGAUCCAGAUACCUCUGUGCUCUUCUUUAACUUUCUUACUGUUGUUUCUUUUGUCUUAAGCUGCUAGCGGGAGCAUCCAGGUCGUCCAGCUGCUGUGUGAACUCAAAAGUCCUAUCAACCUUAAAGAUGCAGUGAGUACUCCGUCUUUUUCCCACUCUGUCUCUCUGACUCAGACUUAGUCCUCUUGUCAGGAUACCAAAAAGGGUUUUAUGUCAGAGUGAAAACCUCAAAAAUUCUGAUUCAGUCUUGUUCCUAUCAACCUUCGACUGUGUUGUUUCAGGAAUUUGGUAAACACCGUUUGUAGGCCGGUGCAGAUUUUCCUUAAAGAUUUACCUCUCUGUCGGCUCUGUGUUUACCGCAGGGUGAUAGUUGAGUUUAAAUUAGCCAGAUAUGUAAUUUCACAAUGAUAGUUUCAAUUGCAUCUCUUUUAUAAGCUUUUAAAAUGUAGGUUUGUAAAAAGAGCAGAGACAAAUUCACCGCUGUCAAUGUCACUUACAGCUCAAAAUCUACAAUAUUGAAGAUGCUUGUGGCGGUACAUGGUACAUUGACUGUGUGUGUGUGUGUGUGUGUUUGCCUGAUUGUGUGUUGGGUAUAGGGUCACUUUACUCAAGGAACUCUACUCUCAAGCCGCAGACAUGUGGUCUCCAUUGCAGCGACGCUCCAUGCCUGUGGUUUUUUAACCCAACUGCUGUGUGUGAACAUGAUAUUUUGUGUGUGUCUGUGUGUGUGUGUAUAAAUGAAAAAGAGGGAAAGUAAGAGAAGAAAUGUUAAAGGGAAUGGGUUUCCUUUGUGCUUUGCGUAUCCCUUUUAUAGUCACGAACAGCUGCUGUGUUGGAGAUUAACAUAAACGGUGUUCUCUCUUUGCCUACAUGUAAAUAUGUUCUGUUGUUGCCACCUCAUGUGGGUAUAAGCCGGUAAAAAUUCUGUUUUUCAGACUCGUACAUGCUGCCAGUUCUCAAAACUGGCAGUACAGAUUUCUGAGAGUGAAAUUACAGGGUUUCAGACCUAAUUGGACAUUAGAUAUAGUAGAUUUUUUUUCUUCGUGGCAUUUUUACUGGAUAAAUAUUUGCCUAAACCGCUCCCAAAAAUUGCACAUUUACUGGAUUUAAGAAACGGAGUAAAGUCUACACAUUUCUUCUGUAGUAAAUCCCGAAAAUUAAGACUUUCUGCUCUCACUUUAAGGGUUUUUAUGCAUGUAAGUUUAAAAAAAUGUUGUUUCGCUGAAAGAGAUCGAUCUUUAGUGCUGUUUUCUAUUCACAUAAAAACUCGAUUGAGCAUCGUUUUCUUUUCUGGUCAUAAUCGUAUCCAAAUGUGUGUGAGCCAUGAGCAGCUCUGUUAGCUGGAAGUGGACAUGUAGACUGAGAACCACAGAGAGGUCUGGAACGUAUUGGCUGAGCAAAACAUGCCAGCUUGUUAGCCUGGGGCACACAUACUAACACGGCUGCAGCAAAUAUCCAUACCUGAUCUAUAUUUGACUGAGAUAAACGCACAGGGGGAUAUGAAAAGAAACAGAACAUCUGCUUCUAUGUGUUUGACAGAGGAUGUUUACAAAAAUCAAGUGAACUUACAUUCAGAGACACUGGCACGAUGUAGUUUAAAAGCUUCCUGAUGUUUUCAGCUGGGAAGAAAUCUGUUUCUCGACUUCUUUAAAUGGUGCUCGGCUUUGACACGGUUUGGUAUCCAUAAAUUUGGUUAAAGUGGCUGAAAGAGUCCUGAAAGACAUGAAAAAAGGGGAAAUUUGAAGAAAACACGAUUACACUUUCUUCAAGUGAGAGUUGAGUCAUGCAGCUGAGAAUAGUCAGAUGUCUAGUCAAAGGAUACAGCCCUACUAAGACGUUCAUAGACUUUUGUCAGGUAAGGUUUCUGAACACACACAAUAAUAUUGCCGCUUUUAAAGGUGCUCAUGCUGAAAAGAUUGAGAAUGAUUAAUCAAUAUUAUUCUUCACCUUCAUCCUCAUUCAGCAGCUCAUAAAAUAAGCUCUCUAUUAGGCACAACAACCACUUCAGCAAUUUCUACUGUCGUUUAGGUUAUGCUUAACACCUUUUCUAAAUAGUCUGUCUCAUGAUGGACUUCAUAGAUAGGCUGCUCCACACACGCACAGACUCCUUGUUCAUAGUCUGCAUCUGAAAUAACAAUAAUAGGGGCAUCUACAGCGGGUGGCAAAGACUGAUUGAUCAGGUUUUGACAGGUAAUCACUAGAUUGACUCUUAAAUCAUUAGUUAUAUUGAUGAACAGCUGAUGACACUUGUUGCAAUAAUCGAUGUUUGGUUCAGUCAGUCCAGUUGCUGAUAUGUUUGAUCAACUUUGGUUGGGUUACCACUUUACAAACUAAAACUCCAUUGUGUAUUUGGGAGUUAAUAACUGUACCGAUAAGAGUGUGUUCAGCUUUAAAUUGGGGCAUGAAUGUGUGGGAGUUUGCACUGAUUGACGGGCCUUUAAGUGAUCACACUUCACUGCGAGGGUUGCUGCUCCAUUUUAGCUCAGAACAGACUUCACCUUGUUGCUCAAAAAAAUCCAGCAUCCAGCCUUGAAACUGAGAAAAAUGGCAUCAGAUUGGAAACAAGUGCACGUAAACACACAUACUACACCUGAGCUGUCACAUUCACACACACACGGAUAUUUGAUCUGUAGCCCUGAGAGGAAGAAGAUGAUUUUCUGUCUUUGAGCUCCCAGAGCAGAGACAGAUCAGGAGGAACACAGACGGAGCAGAGCAGACAUAAGUCUGUUAAAGUCUUUAGCAGAGCUCAGAGGAACCCACAGCAUAGUUUUGUUCACUGUGGUGUGUGGAAGCUGCAGCAGCCUCCUUGUACUAUAAAACACAGAGUUAUGCUGCUGACACACUUAACUGUUGCUUGGCUAUCACUUGUUUCCAGCUGUUUUCUUUUCCUUUUCUUUUUUGUGCUUUCACUUUCAAGAACAUGGGUGUCUAUUUGUACAUUUUGAACUGCAUUUCUUCGAGAUGCCUUUUUUUUACACUGUGUUUGAAAAACAGCCUCUAGAGUUAAUCUGAAGACAUAUUUUCACGAGCGGAUAUUCUUUGCUUUGAGGGUGAUGCAGCAUUUGUGGCUACUGCUCUUUCUGGACGAAGCACCACCCUCAAAGCUCAGCCAAUCGUGUGCCUCGGUUAGAUUUAGGUCAUAGAUGGUUAGGGUUAGGUUAAAUGUCACGCUUGGGGUCAGGAUCUGUCAAUCCUGUGGAAAAUAUGGGAUGAUACGCUGCAUGAAUUACAGCCUCAGUUUUCUGGUCUUUGCCAUGAAGCUCCUCUGAGUCACUCUGUUUAUUUAGAGCUGCAAAUGUAUCAUUUAUGGGGGAUUUUCCAAAAACUCCAUGCUGUUUUCCCUUUUUAUUUUCUGGGAAGUUCAUCUGGGAUACAUCAACUCCUUCCUCACAUGGAGCUGAGAUUUCUCUCACCACACAGGCACUUUAAAUUCUACAUGCUAAGGCCCACGUCCUGAUGUCAUACAGGAUAAGUUAUGUGUUAUGUUGGCUCAAGGUCCCUCUCUUUAAUCAUUUCAGCCAUAACUAAUAUUCUAUCAUCUCUGUUUUCCUCAAAGGAUGGGCUCACCCCCUUGCUGUUGUCAGCCAAACAUGCACAUGCUGAAGUGUGCAGCACUUUGCUGGACUGUGGUGCUGAGAUCAACACCUCUGACAACAGUGGAAGGUACAGACAAAAGCUGCACACACCAAAAAAAUUCACUGAACUGAUCAACUCAAGACACCUCUGUGCUUGGAUGACGGACAAAUGUUUAAUGAGGAUAUUUUUUGCUGUCUUGCAGGACAGCCUUGAUGCACGCCUGUGAGUCCAGCGCUGCAUCUGUUAUUGAAGUUUUGGUUCAGCGAGGAGCAGAUCUGUCGGCCGUGGAUUCACAGGGCCAUGACGUUGCACACUACGCCAAACAAUCUGGAAACUCUGAGAUCAAAUCUGCCCUCACUGCUGCCCUGAGCAGACAGCACAGCACAGGUACGAGUUGUGCCAAGAAACAGGCACAGAAACAAAGGAUCAAUGGGGCGCACGGUCCCAACAGCAUGAUCAGUGCAAACACAGGCAGAAAUGUGCAGUAGCCCCAUGUGGUGGAGAUAUGCACUGCUUUCAGUUUUACACUAAGUCCACACUGCCACCUGCAGGACUUCUCCUGAUGGUGUUACUUUUUUUCUUCACUUUAGAAAAUUAAUUUCUCUUAAUAUUUACAAAGUGAGAGAGCAGAAGUUGUGAUUUAAAAUAUAUAUACUGUAAUAAUCCCUUUGUCUUGUUUGACAGAUAUGAAGUCUCCCAAAAGUCCUCAGGUAAGACAAAAGACAAUUUCCUUAACCCUUUUCCUCACAAGCAGGCAAACAGAGCCUCAAACACUUACACCCAAAAGAUUAAAUCAACUAUUCAAACAAAAUGUAGAUUUAUUUUGGCCUUGAAUGUAACUUUCUGUUGAGCAGCUACACCUCAUCAGUAGAUUAACACCAGCAGAUGUAAUCUGACAAUAUCAAACUGCUCAGUUUGUGUAGAUUUGGAGAACAAAACUUACUCUCACUGUAGCUCUUAUUGAUCGACUCUUCUUUCACUAACCAGCACUGAAUCCCACCUUUCUCAUUUCUCCCUUAAACUUUUUUUCUCUCCAUCUCCUCUGCUGGCUCCUCAGCAUGAUCAAGUAGCUAAGCUAAGUGAUGAACGGAUCACAACCCCCAAAAAACGAAAAGCACCUCCACCUCCUAUUAGCCCACUGCAGGUAAAUGCAUGUCUCUGUGUAUCUGUCCUUGCUUGUGUCAGUGUGCCGCUCUUUACAUUUAUGCAUGUCUGCAGUAUAUCCGGAAAAUGAGUAGUAAGACGUGUGUGUGUCUGAUCUGUAACUGUUCAUUUAUUUAUGAGUAGUUUUUCUCUGUCAGUCAGUCGAAGACUAACACAGAAUGGGAAAAGACAUCAUAAGUAGUGUGCUUAAAUCUGGAUGAAGCAUCUAGAGCAGCAGUAUCUUCUGAUGCUUUUCAUUGUUGACUGAGACAGUAAUGAUUCAAUUUAAGUUCAGACAGAGUACUAAUCUGUUUUCAACACAGCAAUUAAAUUAACAGCAGAUCAUUUAUUUUCAAUUCAUUAUCUUUUAGUGAGUAAAUUGAAAUUCAAUAAACUCGUCAAACUGAAGUUUUAUGAUCUUCAUACUUCUUACAGAGUUCCGGACCCUCCUCUCCCUCGUUAAUUACUUCCACAGGGACCCCCUCCUCAAACAAAAGCGACACUCCCAAAAGAUUCAACUACAAGGUAAAACUCAUCAAAUCAAGUAAAGGGGCUUCAGUACUGAUUUUAAAAAAAGAAUCAAGGUGUUCGUAUCUCUGCAGGACUGAAACAAACUCAUUUAUCCCUGCAGAGACAUCUCAUGGUAUGAUUGUAAAUGUACACUCAUACCAUGAGAUAUGGAAAGUUUGGAUAAAUACUUCCUUCCCCCCCCUCCUGCUCCUCCUUAUUCCCUUUGUCCACCUUCUGCUCUCCUCCCCCUCUCAUUCAUCUGUCCUGCCACUCCUCCCCCUCGCUCAAAAGGAGGAUGAGGUUCGAGGAUCGGUACUGAAAGAAGUCGAGAAGCUCCACGAGGAAAGAAACAUGUUGCUGGAGACAAUCGAAGACCUGAAGCAGUCGGUGGAGCAGACGGGGACUUUUCCUGAAUUGGAUACGAAGGUGAUGAGAGACUUGAGUGAUUCAGUUAUCUUGUGUGUGAGCGUGUCUAACAGGAGUCAUGCUGACUACAGCAGAGGACACAGUUUUGGUAAAUGACGUCAGACUUUUGGUUUGAGAGACCAACAUUUAAAAAACAGGAUUGAGCAAAGCGUGUUUUGAACUCAACAUUACUGGAAUUUAAAGCCUUUAGAGAUUGAAUUCACAUAUUCACAUUCACAUAGAUUAAUUGUUUAAUUUGUCUAUGUUUAACAAGUUCACUGAGAGACUUUCUCUCUCUUAAAAUAUUUGUCAACACAGUUUUUCUUUGUUAUAUUCUCCACACAGCUGUGCAUUACUUAACUUUCUCACCCUGGGCAUUCUUGAAGAGGUCUAACUAAGCUCCAGACGUGUCCUGACUCGUUUUGUUUUCCAGGAGGAAGCCAGUGGUCCUUAACGUUGCUUUCAUGUCUCUGUGUGCCUCUGCAUGGGGAAUGUAUGUUUGUUGAAUGCGUUGACAGGUCGAGCACGGUUUCACCGCGUCUGCAGCUCUGGUUUCCGCCCUGCAAGCCAAGAUUAACGCUCUGACUUUAGAGAACCAGCAAUUGGCGAGCAAACUCAAGGUACGCAACUCUUUUUGUUUCAUCACAAAAACCAAAGAAUGAACAGAGAGAGGGAAGUGCAUUGUUUAUCUGAGUGACUGGAGGACAAAUAAUGCAGUUACAUUAAAAAGGCUAAGUCAGGCCAUCAGCUUUCUAAGAUGUUGCACGAUGCCCUAAUAAUAAUAUUAAUAAUGAUGAUAAUAACAGUAAUAAUAAGAAUAUAGGAUAUGAUAGGAUAUAUAUGCUGCUGAGCCCCAAAAAUGUGACUAACUUUUUAUACAGACAGAGGAUUGUGUCUUUUGCCAGUAUGCUCAGGCCUGCUGUUGGCAAGCUUGAGCUGACACCAGGGGUAUAAUGAAUGUGCCUCCUGAUCAGUCGUCAAUAUCAUCAGAAACGAUCAUGUCUGCCUAUCAUGAUUCUUCACUUUUGAGCUAACUACCCGCUGAUACCAAUAUUUUCCAUACUCAUUGAAUGGGGGUGUCUGGAAACCAGUGUUGUUUUCGUCAGGCAGGACAAAAACUUAAAUGACGACGUCAGACCCCUUUUUUCCUUGACGAAAAUGAAACUAAGACGAACGUCACCAAAGCUCUGUAAAGACUAAAAUGUGACGAAAAUUGUAUUCAUUUUCAUCAGACGAGAACGAGACGAGACUAAAUUGUUAUUAGGUGGACAAACAAAGUUUCAAAACAUGUUUUUUUUUUUUGUCCUAACAGUCACGCCCCCAUCACACACGCACCAAAAGCCUCGCUCGUGCACAGCUGCGUGCACACACUCAUACACAUACACAGAGUGGCAGGUGGACAAGGCACGCACACACACACACCAUGGUGGCAGGCACAGCAGCGGUGCCCGGUGGCCGAAAAAAGAGGGAUGAUUUAUGGUCCUACUUCAGAUACAGUCCAAGUGACAAUAAAACACAAUGUCUUGUACAGGGACGGGGAGACGAGACAGACGACAGUUGUGGAGCCACAGCUUCCUCAUGCUGCGGCUUCAAACUGUCGGGAAAGAACACAACGAACCUCAAAAGGAUUUCAUCGACUAAAACUAGACGAAAACCUUUUGAGUUUUCGUCGACUAAAACUAGACUAAAACCUUUUGAGUUUUCGUCGACUAAAACUAGACGAAAACUAUCAAGGAUAGAAAUGACCAAAAUGGGACUAAAACGAAGAAGCAUUUCGUCAAAAUGACUAAGACUAAAACUAAAUCUAAAAUGCCUGCCAAAAACAACACUGCUCGAAACAACUUUUUACUUCCAAUAAGAUACGGAUAUUGUAGCCUUCAGUAAUGGCCGAUACCGAUAUUGAUCUGAUAUUGGCACAAACUUGUGCAUGAAAAGUUUCGCACUCAGUCGCAAUGUCUUUGUCGGAAUUAGACAAAAAAUACUGCCGACACACAGCCGACAUCACUCCUACUCCUUGCUACAUUGUUAGUAACUUGGUACACACUGUUGUUGUGAUCACAUGGGCUCUACAUGCUGGAUCUGGGUACUGCUAGAUAGAGGUGCUGGAGCGGAGCCUGGAAUGGACCGCUUGUAUUGGAGUUCUGAUAUCAGAAAAUUAGAUUAGAUGCAGGCCAAUGAAAUCUGAUAUUCAUUUUUUUGCUGAUCAGGACUUUCCUACUAAUUUCAUAUCACUCUUUACUCUUCUACUUUCCACUGUCACCUCACAGAAACAUCCGUCCAUCCCUGGAAACGAGGACCUGAAGGAGGACAGUCGUCCCGACAGCAUGGCCUCCAACUCCUCCUUCCACUCCACCCAAGAUGAGUUUGAAGCCCUGCCACAAAUGGAAAGGGAAUCAGGCACGGGUGGCGUUUCAGUCAGAGGAGAGGAUGAAGAUGGUGAAGGAGGAAGAGGAGGGAACAAAGAGGAGAUCAGACUCUUGAAGCAGGCGCUGGAGGGGGUUCAGAUCAAACUGUUAGAGACCAGGAAAGAGAACCGCUCACUUCAGGCCCAGCUGAGGCCAGACAGAGAAAGAGAGGAGUGCGAAGGUGUGAGGGAGAAAGGAAGAGAGGCCGAGCUGAUGGAGAGCCUGGCAGAGCUCCAGGCAAAGCUGACAGACACUCAGGAGAAAUACCACCAGGCUGUGGAGGAGCUGGAGGAGCUGAGAGUGCAUAUGGGAAUGGGGGAAGGAGAAGAUGGCCAGCGACAUUUUUCACCGACACUUGAACGGGAAGUGAAACAGCUGAAAGUCCAGCUCGUCCAGUUAGGAGGCGAGCGAGAGAAAGCAGCACAACAAAUCAGACAGCUGGAGGAGGCGCUGAGGAAGGUGGGGGAGGAGAGACGGGAUGGGACAGAGAAUGAGCAGAUAGAGGAGCUGUACAAGGAGGCGCAGGAGGAGAUCAGAGUGCUUCAGGUGAACAUGAGCUUCUGCUACUCUCUGAACUUAGUUUGUGUAAAAGUUGAAAUCCAGUUUUUAGAUGUUUGUCUAAGAUUCUCUGAGUGAAAAAUAUAAUUUCAAGUUGAGUUAAAACCUUCCGUAGCUUCUGCCAUGACAGCGUUUCCCCUAACUUCAUUAAACGAGGCUUUAUUUUUCCUCUGUCAUCGUCCAGGAGGCUUUGAGGGGAACCGUGCCAGUUGAAGCCGCAGCCAAAGACUUUGAAGAAAUGAAGUCUGAGAGAGACGAGGUCAUUAAUGGGCUGCAGCGCCGCCUGCUGGAACUCUCACACUCCUACAGCGAAACCAAGAGUCAGCUCAGCACCGCGCAGAAACAGCUGACCGAGGCCCAGCUUGAGAGCAGCACCGGCUCGUCUCCGACCUCAGAACAGCAGCAGGCACAAGCGCUGAACAGCAAGGUCGAGGAGCUGCAGACGUUGCUGACUGAGACGGAGAAGAAGAACUUAGCUGCUCAAGAGGAAAUUUCUCGGCUGAGGCAGGAAGCCGAAGUCCAGGCGCAAAGCUCAGUCGCCCUCGCCGACCACACGCACGUGAUGUCGUCUUUGGGAAACGCCAUCAAAGAGCUGGAGAGCCAGUUAGAGGCACUGACAGAGCAGCUGCAUCAGAAAACCCAGCAGGUGGAGGCUCUUCAAAACAGGUGAGGAGGAAAAACUUCUCUCACAUUAACGAUAGAUGCCAUGUGUUUUCCUCCACUUUGUUGUAACCAGUUCAGAUCAGACCCUUUGUCAAACUUGCUGGUUGUCUGCUGAAAAAAUGUAGACAAAAGUGUUAGAUGUCACUGUGUUUUCUAUUUUUUUUCACUUAAAGGCUGACAGCAGAAAAACAGGGACCCCCAGAUGAUUCAGUACCCCGUGUGGAGCAUGAGACCACUCGAGAGCAGCUAGAGGGUGAGGUGAACCACCUGACGCAGCUCCUUCAGGGGGCCCUCAGGAAGCAGGACGAGAUGGCUCUGGAGGCUGCUGAUGCUUGGCAGAAAGUAAGAAGACAAAGAGGGGAGAGACUACGAUCGCUCAAUUAUAGCGUUUUACCAUCAGUGAUUGUUGUACAGAGACAACUGCUGUAAACAACACAACAUUUCCACAUCAACUUGUGGAGCAAUCUGCAGAAAUAUGUCCUGUGUGUCUCAGUUUGUCUCACAUCAUUUGGGGGACAGAGAUAUUGAAGAUUGUGUUUGUUUAAGAUAAGAUAUAUUAUGAUUAGUGAGUCGGUGAUCAUAGAGGAAAUAAACCUCAACAUGGUGAUGAAGGAAACAGAAAUGCAGCUUUAUCUGAACAGUCCAGCCCUCUGAAAUGUAAAUGUAUUGCCCCACCAGGCGCGUGAGAAUCGUGCAGAACGGGAGGCUCUGCAGGAGCUGGUGAUGUCAAGGGAGAAAGAGAAUCACACGCUGACCUCCAGGCUGGCUGAGUCCCAGGACGCGGUGUGUCAGCUCAAACAGCUGGUGGAAAAUCACGUCGCUUCUGAGAGGGAGAAGAACAAGAGGGUCAGCUGUGAAAUAAAGACUAAAUACUAUAGUGCUUGUAACUCCUUUGAUGAAUUGUUUUAACAUCCAUGUUUAUGUUUUCCUCUCUUUUAGAUAGAUGAUCUGUCACGGGAGGUAGGAAAGCUGAAGGACGCCUUGAACAGCCUAUCACAGCUCUCCUACAGCUCAGGAUCUCCCUCAAAGAGAAUUCAGCAAAACCAACAGCUGGAGACGAUGCAGCAACAAAUCAAACAGCUACAGUACCAGCUCGCUGUGAGAUCCUGACUUUAUUUUCAGGAAGUGAUUCCCAACAACAAAAAAAACAUUUGCAUUAACUCGUAUGUCCUUUGCAGGAGUCAAAGAAGCAGCACAAUGAGAUAGUGUCCGUCUACAGGAUGCACCUUCUUUAUGCUGUCCAGGUAAAUCCAUCCAUGAAACCCUCAUUCAUUCAUUACAGCCCGAAGCUUCCACAACUUUAACUUUCAAGCAAUACAUCCUUCAACCACGUAUUUUUCUGGGUUCAUUUCAGGGUCAGAUGGACGAGGAUGUCCAGAAAGCCUUGAAGCAGAUCCUGAUGAUGUGCAAGAUGCCAGCUCCAGCCAAGGAGGCCUGCUGAGUCCUGAGGGUUUUCUAAAAGCAGAUUGGGCACUAAAACAAAAAGUGGACGGCAGCUCAUCCGCCUUCGCACGUCUCCUGGUCCGAAUUCACAUGUUGCUUGUGUUGCUUACAAGCAAGGCCAACUCCACGUGGUGCCUCUGGAUUAACCUUGAGUAUUUGUUAACGAGGAAUAGGUUUACAGUCUUAUGUCAAUGCCUUUGAUAUUGUCAUUUCAAAUGAUCGAGUUGAAUAGUUCGAGUGUUGCAAAUCAGCCAUUUGAUUAUUGAAUAUACUGGGUGAGACAGGUGUGUCACAGCCAAACUUCAAAUCUCAUGUGCACAUAAACACGACACUGUAACUGUGCAGUAACCUAGAAGCACAUGCAGUCAAACAAUGCAAAGAUUUGUGUACCAUAAACCUACACCUAUGUGUCCACGUAUUAGUAAGGCAUAUUAAGAGUAAGGUUGUUUGUUGCUGUUACGAUGCGCGCUGCAAAGAAAAAAAGAGAGUAAGAAAGCCUCAGCUGGCGCUGCUGUUUAUAGUAUCAAUUUUAUGAUACAACAGUGUUUUCUGAGCUUCCAGUGUCUCUUGGUUGUCAACAUUUUCUGAUACAAUCUAAAUUAUUUUUUGCCCUUUUAACAUGCAUGUGACUUUGCUAAGCGUCAGCCACCCUGGUUUCGGGCGGCGCGUCUCUGGAGAACCUGCAUGAUACUGUUUGUAGUGAUAUUUUCCUAUCAGCACUAAAAUAUCAAAACAUGUAUUUUACUGAAUCGUAUUUUCUAUGUUUUUCAAGUCAUGGUCCUUUAUGAAGAGGUUUGAUAGCUGUAUUUUGACGGCCUUGUCGUGUGUGAAUAACAUGUUUUGUCUUUGAGUGUAACAAAGCACUAUUCAGUCUAGUGACACCUGAAAUAGUUCAUUUACCCACAGUAUAUUAUUAUUCAUAUCUUUACUGAACUGGUUGACUAGAUUUGUUCGCUGUAGUUAAAAAAAAGAAACAUUUCAGUGUUUCCAACAACUUCUACACCAUUUCUCUUAUAGACCUGUCCUCCACUCCCCCUAUAAGGUCUUACUUACUUGAAAAGCAUGCAAAGGCAAAUUUAAGUCAUAUUUACUUCCCCUGUACUUUAUGAUUAAUUUAUUGACGUAAACCCUGAUGUCAUAUUUCCAUGAGUGUUCUUUGUAGGUACGGUUAUCAACUCUGCUUUGCUUGGAAAUACAUUUUCAAAUGCAUUUCUUUACAGCACGCUCACUGUCUUACUCUACACUCCUUUGCCUUAUUAAAGUACUUAAAGCCAUACGCCCUCAGAGUUCACCUUUCUCCUAAACAGUGUUUAACCCGAGCUCUGUAAAACUGCUACUUGGUUGGAUGAAUUCAUACCUGACUGAAGCUGCCAUCCAGGGUUUUUCUCUCUCUCAGGAACAUUUUUUAUACUGAAGCGAUUUCAAACUGACUGAGAUUUGAUAGAUCCUGAGUUGAGCUUUUGCAUAUUUCAGUUUCUGUAAAAUACUUCUAACAACUCAUCUUUUUUCCUCUUCUGCCUCGAAUGAAAUACGUCAAAGAAAAAAAAAAAAAGGGAAAAGACAGAAACAACUUUUCUGUUUGUUCACAGACAAUUUUGUAGUAACAUGGAAUAAAAAAAGCUCUUUUGCAAACUGCUUUUCUUGCCUGCAUUAAUAAAUUUUCAAAAUCCUGCAACAAUU